AAGGACUCCAGCCCUGGGACCGACGGUGGUGGCGGCGCCCAUGCCCAGCGUUGGGGAGCGUCUGCAAAGUGUCGCGGAGAGAAGCGCCCACCCACCAGUAAACGAGCACAGCGGCAGAAGAGGGGGAAUCUCGGAACUGGAUGGCGGAGCGCGCAGAGACGCAAUCAUUUGCGGGAUCCGGCCUGCCAGGCCAGGCGCGCCUCUUCUUGGAAUCCAGGUCCUGGUGCCUGAUGGUGGCCGCUCUGCCACACCCCCAAGUGACCUCAUCGAGAUCCAGGUGGUAAAAGUUACAGAUACUACAUUGGUACCUGAGCCCCCAGAGCCCGGAUCUUUUCACUGUGCCCUGUGUCCCGCUGCCUUCCAUCUGGUCUCAGAGCUGCUGUUUCACGAACACGGCCACCUGGCAGGCGUGGAAGGGGUUGGACAGGGUGGGGACCCAAGCCGUUGUCACGUGUGUGGCCACCGCUGUCCAGGUCCUGCUAGCCUGCGUGCCCACUACAGCUUGCAUACGGGAGAGCGGCCUUACCGCUGCCCACGAGCUUUUAAGACCUUGGCACCUCUGCUGCGGCACCAGCACCGUCACGGGGUGGAAGCAGGCACCUCUCGAAGGCUUCCACCGGCAGCAUCAACUGGACAGCCGAACCCAGGGAUGGCCCAGGAGAGGUCGGAGGUGGUGAAGGCUGCGGCAGCUGCAGGGGCUGCAGUAGGCAAACCUUUCGCUUGCAGGUUCUGUACCAAGCCCUUCCGCCGCUCCUCAGACAUGCGAGAUCAUGAGCGUGUGCACACGGGGGAGAGGCCCUACCACUGCGCUGUCUGUGGCAAGGGCUUCACACAGUCCUCUGUGCUGAGCGGCCACGCCCGCAUCCACACUGGCGAGCGCCCUUUCCGCUGCACGCUCUGUGCGCGCACUUUCAAUAACUCCUCAAAUUUUCGCAAACACCAACGCACCCACUUCCACGGGCCAGGGCCUGGGGUGGGAGAGUCUGGAGGUCAACUGGGACCAUCUUGGGUGGUCCAGGAUUCAGGGAAUAAGCACGGGACAGAGAACACUACUGAAGAAGGGUGCAGAGAGCCUGUGGAGGUGAAAGUGGAGGUUGACCAGUAGGCUGGGGAGUAGGAAGCCUAUUAUAGGGGAAGUGGGUGGACAAAUAGAAGCAAAAGCCAAGGAGAAAUAAUGAGCAGCUGAGAUUGGAGAGCUGAGAAGGAACCAGGUUCUGGCCUCCCAGAAACCCACGCUACACUUGAGACUCAGGAAAGAGGUACCUGCAGUUCUGUAGAUGCCCAGCUGAAUGUAAAAACACAGAGAACUGAGCAUGGCCCAUUCUUCUAAGUCCAGUAUUCUAGAGGCUGAGGCAGGAGGAUUGUGAGGUCUAGACCAGCCCAGGCUGCAAAGCAAGACUUAAUAAUCCACAACCACCACCCUGGUCCAAUCCUGAACAGCCUCUGGACCAUGCAGGAGUUGCCCUAAGGUGGACUAAUAUGAAAUCUCUUACCUACCUCAACUGGGUUGCCUACCCUCCCUAGGCAGAAGAUGCCCACAGGUCAUCUCUAAAGGGAUGCUGGGAUGCCUUCUCCCUUAAAACCAGAGAGUACCUAAACCACAGUUGGGUGUCCAUAAAUAAAUCUCUAGGAUGAGCCUGCCCAUAGAGAUGAACUCUACGUUCUGCUCACUCACCAUCUCACCCCAGAGUGGACUUUCCUUAGCCACUAGACUCUUCUGGAAGCAUCUGAGAGCACACACUGCAAGCAAGCAAGCAAUCACCCGGUAUUCCCUUAAGCUUUAGGCUUAGAGCCUGUGUCUCCCGUGUCUACAGACAAGUUUCAGAUUUCUCUGUUUUCCUCCACUGUGAAGUAAACAGCUUCCUGCUUAGUUCUGGGCAAUUCAGAAGAAGGGUUGGCUGCUGCUGACAACCUGGUGGGCUGGUCCUGGGUGUAAAGAGUAAGAGGAAACACUGUGGAAAAGGGCUGAAAGGACUUGGGAGCUGGAAUUUGGGGUGGGAGUGGGGCCUUCGAGUCUGUUCCUAUUAAAAGACUUUCCGAAAUGCUUCUGUCAGUCUUGUAUUCCAGUUCUCUGGGUAGUUGGGAGAUCAGGGUCUCACUAUGCCUCUGUUUUCUUUUCUUUUUUUUUUCUUUCCGAGACAGUUUCUAUGUAGCUUUGGAGCCUGUUCUGGAACUAGCUCUUGUAGACCAAGCUGGCCUUGAACUCACAGAGAUCCACCUGCCUCUGUCUCCUGAGUGCUGGGAUUAAAGGCAUGCGCCACCACAGCCCAAAGCCUCUGUUUUCUUAUAUCUGGAAUGGGGAGGGACUAGGCUUUGACUGUGUGGCUGUAUUGUAGUUUUGUGAACUGAAGGGAUGUUGGAGGUUGAUGCUUUUACUCAGCAGAGGCCUUGAUUUUCUCAUGGAGAAGAUGUGUUGCUAUCUCAGUCCUUGUUCAUCCAGCAUCCCCAAGAGGUGACUCUCAGAUGAAGCAUAAUACAACUCACCAUUCCCUCUAAAGAGAGGACCCUGCUUCCCAUCUGUCUCACUAGCUCCUCAGCUGAAGCCAGAGACUUACAGGGUUCCUUAAGCCACCUUCCCUCACCUUGUUUCUGAUCAGUCUCCCACAUUGGGCAGUUAAGCACCCUUGGGGUCCGGGUACUUCUUUCCAUCCAUCAUAUGUUCAUCAACGCCCUCAUGUCUGAAUGACUAAAGCAGUGCGCGUCAGGUCCUGCCUUCUCCACUUUCUCACAUGGAUCCUUGCCACUAAACAGAAACUCCCGAUUGCUAUGGGAAGGGACCACCAACACAUCAGCAGUAUGGGUAAGUGGCCAGAUUCAAGGGGAGGGGAAAUAUAGCAACUGACACUCAGGCUCGGUGUUCAGAUUCAAAAGAAGCAGGGGAACUGGAUGCUAAUGGAAUUUGCACACUCCAUCAGAAGAGGAUGUAGUGUGUGGGCUAGGGUGUAGCUAGGGUGCUUGCCUAGCAUGCAUGAUAUCCUGGGUUCAAUUGCCAGCACCACAGAAACCAGGCAUAACAGCACAUGCCCAUCUUCCCAGCACUCCAGAAGUGGAAGCAGAGGGAUCAGAAG